AGUUUAUGCAAAUAGCUAGCGUCCGCGCGUAAAUUGAACGGAAAUCGUUUGCACAUAAACUGUGGUUUGUUGCAAAAACUCAACAAAUUUGUCCCUAAUUUCUCUGAAGAGUUUUACUCCGAUUCGACAGUUUGGAAGAAAAUAGUUCAUUGAACCAGAAAGAACAGAUUUUCGGGAACGAGAAUCAUCUAUAGGGUGUAUUUUGAAAGGAAGUAGAUUGAUUCAGAAUUCCGCCCAUCAGUUUAGUGGCGCGCCAUAUUUUGUCUACGUGUCGGGAGCGUUAAGCUAGCUUGACCAAAUGCUGCAGCAAACAACGCCAGUGACCAGCUGCUUGUAAGAUCGAAACUGAAAGAUGGCUGACUUGGCUUCCAGUAUGUCAAACUUUCUAUUUCCUGAGGAAUUUCAGCCGCUCGAUGGAUGUGACGAAGACGAACUGAACAUAGAAUCAUUCAUCAUGUCAUCAGCCUUCCACGACUCAAGAGACAGCGAGAUCCAGGCACCAAGUGUGUCGUUUCAGGAACCUCUCGAAAAUAUUAAUUCUUUGCCGGAGGUCAGUCACGAGGUAGCCGUUGAGAUGGAGCCAGAGGUGACUCCGUCGACGCCGAACAAACCCCUGAUCCACCUGCCCUGCCUGAGCCCACUGACACCCACCGCCAACCUCAAAGUGCUGAUCAGUGCCGCCAGUCCGGAAAUACGUGUCCUGGACUCGCGACGGCAGUUGGCGCUCUUCAACGCUAUUGCAGAUCACGCGUCGUCGUUGCAGGAAGAGCAAGUGGUGGAUUCGGGAUUGGGUGACAUGCAGGAAGAAGUGGUCGAGAUUGAGUGUAUGUCGCAAGGAGAAGACGGAAUGGACGACACUGACAAGCCAAUCAACAGAAAGUCCAAAUCGCUGGGGCUGCUAUGUCAAAGAUUUUUGUCCAGAUAUCCAGACUACCCUGCAAAUGGUGUUGCCAUGGCGAUUUCCCUGGAUGCCAUCUCCAAGGACUUAGGCGUGGAGAGGCGUAGAAUUUACGACAUUGUCAACGUCUUGGAGAGUAUAGAGAUGGUUUCUCGAAUGGCGAAGAACAAAUAUCUGUGGCACGGCAAAAUGAACAUGGAGUCAACUUUAGCUAGACUCAAGUGUCUUGGUGAGAAGAAGAGAUAUGCUGACCAGAUCGCCCAUCUUAAGAAGCUUCAGAUACAGAAUGAGUUCAGCGAGGAGCUGGAGCAACUGUCCAAGCAGCCGUUCCGAGACAUCAGCAACAUCGGUUCCCAGCCCCAGGAAACCGAGGACAAGAAAGAUAUAAAGGACAAAUUCGACGAAGAUAUGAACACGCGGAGAGACAAGUCCCUCGGCGUCAUGAGCCAGAAGUUCAUCAUGCUUUUCUUGGUUUCCCAGGCCAAAGUUAUCACCUUGGAUAUUGCAGCUAGAGUGUUGAUCGGCGACAUCAACUACGAAAUCAGGGAAGGCUCCAAGUUCAAAACUAAAGUGCGACGGUUGUACGACAUAGCCAACAUCUUGACCAGCCUGCAGAUGAUCCAGAAAGUGCACGUGCAAGAAGGGCGGGGCCGGAAGCCUGCGUUCAAGUGGAUUGGGCCCAACCCAGACACACGUCAUGUGGACCCAAGUGACGUUUGUGUGGAGAAUGACGGUCCAUCGAGACAAUCUUUCUUCUCGACCCCAGCUGCUCCCAUAUCCACCCUGCCUUCCCAAGACCCCCAACCCUCCUCGUCCCCGGCCUCCAAUCCUAGAGGCCCCAAGAAGGUUGCUUGGUCCCGGCACGCAUCCUUCAAUGCCAUCUGUGAGGUGGUUGAGAGAGAGAGACGGUCCUACUCCUCGGCACCCAACAGCCCGACGAAAGACAGCCAAGGGGACAAGCCACAGGACACUCCUUUAGAUGAGAAAUUUCGCCAGGACUUUGAGGCUCUUCGCUCCAAGUACCCAGACCAGAUGUCCCAGAUUUACGUCAGCAACCAGCAAGAAGAACACGGUCAAGGAGAUACCGGUACCCAAAGUAGAGCUUGCCCCAGCUCCGCAGUACCUAUCACAAGUCCAAUUUGCACCCCGGGAAACACAGCCGGAGUGGCACCGCUAAAUCCUAAAGUCAUAGUGUCCCCAAUCCCUGGUUCCCUUCCUGUGGGCACCAGCCGACUUGUGUCCAGUGCCAUCCCAGUUCCUCUGUCGUUUAACGUGGCUAAAUCCGACGGCGGUGAGGAAGCUGUUCUGAGUCCCGACAAAGGCUCUGUGCCUUCCUCAUCUGAAGGCCAGGCAGUUCUGUGCACCGCUGCUACAAGCUCUGGGCAGUACUCCGUGUUGACUGACACGGUCAACGCGCUGCACGUGGUCCUGCGCCAGCCGGACAGCACGCGGCGCAGCAAGCGCACCAUCAAGCAACCAACCAGCGGGGAGUUUGAGUACCAGCCCGUAGUCAAGAGAAGCAAGAUGGAGGUGGAAGCGGCCCUUGCACUCCAACGCGGCCAUCAAGACCUCCCAAGCCAGAAUCAAUCAGGACAGACCCGGUACCUGAAAAUCCCAGUUGACGGGAAGCUGCUCCAACAGGCUUCGGGGAAGCCUGUGCAAACCAUCAUCAUCAGGAAAGACGUUUCCGUCUUGAAUAAAAAUUCCUCGUUACCUACUGGUGUCAUGACAGGUGACACUAGUGGCCAUCCACGGGGUACCGUCACAGCUACACUGGUACCUGGCACUAUUUUCAGUGGUAAACGGCUUACAGCUCCACAACAGGCAAUUCUCAUAAAUCGUGUAGGUGCUGCACCUAUAAAGACAGUGACUGUAAAACAUCACACACAACAUGAUGCUGCCCCAAGUAUUCCACAAACUGCCACCAGUGAACCAAACUCUAAACACACCCCAGAACUUAUAUGCACGGAAAGGCUGAGCGACGGAGAAGAUGUCACAACUACGACACAACUGCUGUUUCAUGAAGUUGCAUCAGAACAAACUAGUGUGGGGCAAGGAGGACAGCAAGACAGUCGGCAGCUCAUGAAACAGACGCAGGACGACAAAGGUUUGAGACUUGACAAAUCCAAAGUUAGGCACAGGAAAACAGGCAUUCAAAGAGAUGCAUGUAGUAAGAUAACUAAUGGCACGGCCGAAAACAGGAUGUCCCCUCGGCAACGCGGGCAUCACUUAAGACAGAAGACGGCCAAGGAUUUCAAGAAGCCCUCCUCCGCCAGAGCCCUGCACCUGUGUCCCGAAUUCAGAAACGCAGAUGUUUCUGGCCAAAGCACCCAGGAUUCACACUCGACUGAGAUCGCUGGGGAAUGUUUGUCCCCCAAGUCGGCAAUGGCAAAGAACGAACCGAAUGAAGACAGAAGUGAUGGUACAGACAACAGGCACAAACUGUAUAGAGACAAUGAUACAAUGUUGGCUGGAUUAGGAACAGUAUCAGGUCAACAUGGUGACCUUGGGAGGGAGAGGAAAAUAGCUUAUAACAAUCCAGGACUGGGGAGGAAUGGCUUGGAGUUGAACGGCGACAGGGAAGAGACACUGGCUUGGCCGUUACAUAACUCAUCGGCAGAGACACCCAAGCAGAAGGUACCAGUGAAGCGAGAGGAGCAACCACAAAAAUCUCGGCCACAACGUGGGCAGAAAAGCUCCAAGUCUCUACCAUGCUCGCCCUUAGCCCUGGAUGCCAGUAACCACCCAUCACCAGUUGGCUCCUCCAACAGGCCCAGAUCGGUCGCCAGUCUUAGGGCUUCUGAGAUGGAUUUGCCAUCGUUUGGAUCUCCUAGGGUCUGUGGUGGUGACAAUCCCGCUGUGUUGUCUGUCCUAGCCCGUGACAGUCUUCGUCCAGGAGUGUCGCCCGUCACGAUGCCCUGUGUUGCCUACCUAUCACCAAUCCAGGAUAGGCAACUUCUGUCUCCCUUUUGGAAGUCCAGCAACAGUUGGGGUCAAUUUCCUAAUUUCCCACCGUCCCUUCCGCCUUGCGAUAUGAGCGAUCUCCAAAAUCCGUCUCGUUCUCCCAUUAAUUUUGUCUCAAGAGGUCAAUCAACGCAGGCAUCCAGUGAUCAUCUGUCAGGUUUCAGUCUGCAAGGAGAGGGCCCAUCGCCCAGUCAGGUUUACCCAACUCUGGCAUCUUUUCCCAACGCUUCUCCACAGAAUCCACACACUCCAGGCAUGUCUCGUCCACGUCUCUCAAGGAUCCAGAUCCCGCAGUUUUCUGGGAGUUCAUUCCGACCGAUUUCUCGAGGCACCAACGUGUGGCCUCCCCGUGGAGAUCAGUGCCUGACCAGCCCAAUACUACCCCAAACUUGGGGUCUUGGAUCUCUCAUCCCGCAAACGUCAUCUUCAUCCUCCGAAACAGGCACCUCAUCCUACGUGGGCUACCCUUGCUCCCAGUCCACCCCUGUGACACAUCACCAGUUGCUCCCCCAUUCACUGGUGCCCUCUUCCCCGCAGGUUACCAGCCAAAACCUCCAAUAUGUCUCACACAGCCCAUCAGUUGCUAUGUACGCUCCAGCGACCGUUAGCGGAAACGGUCUGGUGUGCAUUUCAAGUCCUUCAGUGUUGUAGCAAUAAAUCAUUCAAUAUUCAACCCACUUCUAGACUUACAUCUUUGAUACGAUAAAAUUUGAUAACCUCUUCCUUCUCUUUCAGAGAACUCUUUGCCCAUCAUUUCAAGGAAGUAUUACAAUAUAUUGAUGUUUUUAUUUCUUUUUAUUCAAAAUGCAGUUGAUACGAAGUUACAGCUUAAUUGUGGGCAUUGUAUAUGUAUUCAUUUUUUUAUUCCAAAAUUAUAGAAUUGUUAAUACAUGUAAUAGGUCUUAAAUAGUUAUAGGAAACCAUGGAAACGAUUUUCAAUGAGACUUUCUGAAAUUCUUGAAUUGUUUCUAGUGAUUUACAUUCCCUUUUUACAUUCCAUUUCUCAGAAUCUGUAAAUUGGUAACUUCAUCAUAUUGAGAUGUUAAACUAUCAAUAUUCUGGUAUUUUCAAGUUCAAGUUUUACAGCAUCUGGUAUUCGAAUGCCAUGAAAUUAGAAUUUCUAUACUUGCAUUCAAUGCACGUACAAAUGGGGAUUUGCUGAAUUUACAAUGCCAGAAAGGUUCAGAAUUUUGUUUUUUAUUUAAAUUUAUUGGCAUUUACCAAGAGGACGUAAAAAUAUUUGUUGAUGGCCUUUUUGUGUCAAAUACUUGAUCAAUCAGAAUUUCAGAGAAGACAGUACAUGUAUUGUUGUCUAUCAAGAUUUCAUGGGGAAGAAUUUUUUUCUCCCCCCCCCCCCAAGUGAUCCACUUUGACCUUCCAAUUUUGAGUAAUUUUUGCAUAUGAGUUAUGUUUUACAACCUCAUUUUCUCAAAAGUUGACACACAUUUAGAAUUUUAAUAACACAUUUUAAUUUGAAUUUUUUUUAUUGCUUACAAAACCUGGCUUUAUUUUCCAAAUUUUAGCUGUGGAAUGAAAUGACGCAUCCUUCUACAUAUUUUAAUUAAAAAUAAACACACAUUUUAAUUUGAUUUUUUUUAUUGCUUACAAAACCUGGCUUUAUUUUCCAAAUUUUAGCUGUGGAAUGAAAUGACACAUCCUUCUCUUUAAUUUCCAUUUUAAGUACAGAAGCCUGUUUAUGUAAAUUUUGUACAUUUUUUUUUACCAUUUUCAACGGGGUAAAAAUUUAACUAUGCAAAGUCUUGCAGUAUCUGCAUACAAAUCUGUUUCAUUUGUAACAAAAUUGAUUUUUAUAAAUUAAUUAAAUAUGAAUUAAUAUUUUGUGUUCUUUUUCCAGAACGGUAGACAAGUACAAUACGCAAAGCUAGCUAAAUUUGGUGGUACACAUUGUUCAGUUGUAAUUAUGUUGCAUUUACGAAGGCUAUUACACUAAAUACAAUACUUAAUUCCUUUCAAUUAUUUAACUGAGGGCUAACGAUGACAUGAAACUGCAUCAAGCUCCAGAAUAAAAUGUUAAUUUAUGUGCCUUCGGUGAGAUUGUUCAUACAAAAUCUUGAAAUGUUUGAAUAAAAUAAUUACAAUUGUAAUGACACAA